AUGACAACAGUGAAAGAUCCUUUUUCUCAGAAACUCGCAGGUUGGGCUGUUAGUGGCUCUGAAUAUAAUCAAAAUGGAAAAGUUCUAUAUUUGACUGAUGGUUUGCUUAAAGAGCGUUUACUCUACGAUGAAAAUUUUAUUUCAAAAGAUACAAAACUAAAUAAAUCAAUCGUUUUUUUUGUCGACGAAGUUCACGAACGCUCAGUAAAUAUCGACCAUUGUUUAGCAUUAUUAGCUCGCAUUUUAACGUUGAACUCGGAUUUAAAAUCAAAAAUAAAAUUAAUUAUUUCGUCUGCUACUUUGGAUACAUCUGUGCCAAAGCUUUUUCGUCAAAUACCACAAAUAAGAUUUGCGAAAUUUGAAAUGCCACAAAUGCAUACUCUAUAUCCUGUUACCAAAUGUGCUCGUCCGAAUGCAAAUAUAUUGAAUAUUGUACAAGAGUUCUAUCAAGAACGCAGUCGAUACGAUCAAAUUCUCUGUUUCGUUAGUUCAGUCAAAGAAGUCAACGAAUGUUGUAGUUUAUUGAAAAAGAUUACUGGUGGAGCCAUCACCGCUUAUCCACUUGUUCAAUCACAACAAGCAUCUGUCCAACAAGAGUAUAUUGAUAAAGGAAGUGUGUUUUUUUCGACAACAGUCGCUGAAACUUCGCUAACAUUUCCUCAACUAAAGUACGUCAUCGACACGGGCUUGAUUAAUGUACCUGUUUAUGAUUCGAAUUCGAAGCGAACGGUAUUAAGAGUCGUUCGUGCAGCAGAAUCGACAAUAAAACAACGCUUAGGGCGAUUGGGUAGAACACAACCAGGUACUUAUAUUUCAUUGUACGAUUUCAAAGUCGAAGAUAAACAAUAUCCAACGCCACAAAUAUGUCAAUCGGAUUUAGUGAAUAUCGAAUUUUCACUGCGAAAAUCACCAUUGCAGAAAGGAUUGAAUUAUAUGAAAGACUUCUUACCAGAUAAACCGUCGCAACCUCUUAUUGAUCAUACAGUUCAACAACUUCGUGAUUUAGGUCAGUAG